AUGAUCACUACAGCAAACCGACGGUGUAUAAUCUCUCUUGUCAUAAUUCUGGUGAAACUUUCAUCUGCCUGUCUAGAUGCCUUUACCAUCUCUUCUGCAGUCAAGGCACAUCAUUGUUCACAUCCAUCCAUUGAAUCCAAACCGUCCAUCCAAUCUCUGAAACAAGGAGAGAACCAAUACACUUCCCAUCUCUACAACGCACGAUUAUCCUAUCUGACUCUACGAGCUGGCGCUGUGGACAACAAUGCUGACAGUGAAGACCGAGACCGAUUGUCCGUUUCCAAAAUCGCUCAAGGCGUGAACACUUGGACCCAAAAGAAUUUCUUCCUGGCAGGACUCGUUGUGGUGCUUGGCAUGGCCAAGCUGUUUCCAUCAUGGGGUGUCAACGGAUCAUUCUUACGCCCCGAGCUAACCGUCGGCAAGUAUGGAGUUGGUCUAAUUUUCCUACUUUCAGGCCUUUCCUUGCAAGGAUCCGAGCUGACCAAGGCCGUAGCCAAUGUCAAGCUGAACGGAUUGAUUCAAGCGGCAAUAUUUCUUGCUUGGCCCUUUUUGGUGGGAUCACCGCUCAAGAAAGUGCUAAAUGUCUUUCAGGUGUUACCUCCGGGACUUGUCGACGGCUUGCUCAUCCUGACGUGCUUGCCCACUACGGUAAACAUGUGCAUCAUGCUCACGACGGCUAGUGGUGGAAACGUUGCAACAUCAAUUUGCAAUGCUGUCAUCAGCAAUAUGGCUGGGAUACUAGUCACUCCCGCACUGUUGCUUCAUUUUUUUGGGACCAGCAUUCAAUUGCCCUUUGUUCAAAUGGUAGGAAAACUUUGCCAAAAGGUUCUUCUUCCAGUUGCCAUUGGUCAAGCACUGCGAGCGACCAAGGCAAAGGAAGUCUAUGAAAAGAAUUCCAAGGCAUUCAAAAGACUGCAAGAAGUCAUCUUGUUGGGAAUCGUUUGGAACGCCUUUUGCACCGCUUUCACAAGUGGACUCGGAUUGAAAUUCCAUCAUACUUUGAUUCUAUUGACUCUCCUACCAGCUUUGCACCUCGGAUCACUUGUAUUCCUAUUCAAGUUCUUUUCCAUCAAGACUUUGGGAUUCUCACGAGAUGAAAUCGUGGCAGCCAUCUUUUGCGCCUCGCAAAAGACACUGGCCUUUGGUUUGCCCCUGAUCAACACCAUUUUUGAAGGAAAUCCAAACUUGGCUUCCUUUGUGGCACCGCUCAUGUUUAUCCAUCCCCUGCAAAUGACGCUAGGAUCGAUUCUAGUACCAAGGAUAUCAAAGUAUACCAGUGGGGAUAAGAAAAUAUAA